AUGCGAUCAGAGAAGAAACCAUGGUCGCCACUCCUCUGUGACGAACUCAUCGAGGAAAUCUUGUCUCGUCUUCCCGUGAAACCUUUGAUCCAAUUCAAGUGUGUGUGCAAGGGAUGGAACUCCCUGAUGUCAGAUCCCUAUUUCAUCAAAUUGCACCUUAGCAAAUCUGCUGCGAAGGACGAUUUGGAACACCUUCAACUGAUGAAAAAUGUCUGCCUCGGAUCCAUCCCUGAAAUCCACAUGGAAUCGUGUGAUGUAAGUUCGUUAUUCCAUUCCCUACAAAUUGAAACGUUCUUGUUCAAUUUCGCAAACAUGCCAGGUUACCAUCUGGUCGGUUCAUGUAAUGGGUUGCACUGUGGGGUUAGCGAAAUACCAGAAGGAUACCGUGUUUGUUUCUGGAACAAGGCGACAAGGGUGAUAUCCAAAGAAUCGCCAACGCUAUCUUUUUCCCCGGGCAUUGGUCGUAGAACAAUGUUUGGGUUUGGCUAUGAUCUGUCAAGUGACAAAUACAAGGUUGUAGCAAUUGCAUUGACUAUGCUCUCACUUGACGUAUCUGAAAAGACUGAGAUGAAAGUUUAUGGCGCGGGUGACAGUAGUUGGAGAAACCUUAAAGGUUUUCCUGUUCUUUGGACUUUACCUAAAGUUGGUGGAGUGUAUCUGAGUGGAACCCUUAAUUGGGUUGUUAUUAAGGGAAAAGAAACCAUUCAUUCUGAAAUCGUAAUUAUUUCUGUUGACCUGGAGAAGGAGACUUGCAGAUCACUGUUUUUUCCCGACGAUUUUUGCUUUUUUGAUACAAAUAUUGGAGUUUUUAGAGACUCACUGUGCGUUUGGCAAGAUAGCAACACCCAUCUUGGCUUGUGGCAGAUGAGGAAGUUUGGAGAAGACAAGUCUUGGAUUCAAUUAAUAAAUUUUAGUUAUUUACAUCUUAAUAUUCGUCCUAAUGAAGAAAAAUAG